GCUUAUUGGCUCCUGCACACAGGACGCGGAAACGCUUGCCGCGCGGCGGAAGUCAGCAGGUAGCCAAUCAAUCUCUUACUUUUGCGGAAAGAGUGUAUAUAUAUCUUCCGCCGCGCGAAAAAAGUUAAAGUUGAUUUAACUUUUCCCACGCGGUAUAGCUAUUUGUAGUGUAUCUUUUACAUAUCGUAAAGUAACCAUAGAGAUGUAAGAUAUUUCUAUAGAAGUAACGUAAGUCAACGUAUGUUCCGCCAACGAAUAUUUUAUAACUCUGGAAAAGAAAAUCUAAUUAUGGAGAAUGAAAUGGAUAAUAUUGAAGUUUGGUGCAGGGAUUGCAAUAAUAUAAUAGAUAUUACAGAGGAACAUGAUUGCCCUAUUUAUAACAGUAACAAUAGUGAUAUCAACACAAAGAGCAAAAAUGAUUAUAUCGAAAAAUUAAUUACUGAAGUAUUCGAAAGAGAACCUUUAUGGAACUCGUCCCUGCCUUAUAAGUUCAGAGGUCCAUCAGAUAUAAAAGUAUUAUGGGCUGAAAUAGAUAAUUGUUUAGGUACAACUGCUGGUACAAGCCAGAUAAAGUGGAAGAAUAUAAGGGACCGUUUCGUAAAAGAGCAUGCUUUAGAAUGUGCUUAUAUCCCAAGUGGUAGUGCAGCUGUAAAAAAGAAGAGUACUUGGUCAUUUUAUGAAAGUUUAUGUUUUCUGACACCAACAAUAAAUUAUAGAAGGACAAAAAGUAACAUUGAAAAUAUAGAUCCAACUGUACCUUUAGCUUCAGCAAAAAAAGAAUCAGAUGAAUCCAUUAUUUCACUUAUUUCUGGACCAAGUACCAGUACAGAAAAAGAAGAUAACAUUUCGCACAAAUCAUUAUUACAGAAUAGAACUUCAUUAAAACCACAAUUAAUGUAUCCGAAGAAGAAUUACUCUUUCACACCUCCAUACACAUCAGAUUCAGAUAGCUGUGAUAUAAAAAACAAAGCUUUUGAAGAAUCAAUGUGUAGAACAAAAGGCACCAAAAAAACAAAGAUAGUUAAAAAAAUGAUACAAGUUCUCUUUCUGAAGAAGCUAUUUUGAUGGAAUUAGUACGAAUGAGACCAGCAGAUAAACCUCAUACAAAACCUGAUGAAAUUGAAUGUUUCACAAAAUAUAUUGAAGCAUGUCUGCGAGGGAUGAGUGCAGAUAACUCAAAACGUAUUAAAAAUAUAAUAUUAAAACUUAUCGCAGAGGAAGAUAUGUAAUAUGUUUGAUUUCAGUAUUCUAUUUUAUUUUAA